GUGGGUGGAGCCACCACCUCUUGCAGUUGCUGGCACAUGGGUGAUUAAACGGGAUAUCUGGUUUUUAUAUUUGGAUGCGUCUCAAUUUACCGAAUCCGCCUAUGUAACACUUCCGCAUCUGCGGUGACAGAAAACAUCGGUCUUCUCACAAAAGCGUCUGUAGCCUCCGAACGGUUUGGCCUAAACACUAAUAUGACUCAUCUGUGUAAAGCUUCACAUAGGUGCUGGGGUGUAUGUACUUCAACCGCACAGGAUUGCCUUAUUCAUCGUCUGCCGAAGUUCUAAACGGAAAGGGUUCAACACCUGCCAAUAGGAUCCGUACUGAGGUAGAAUAUAUCCGUCUGAGAGACCAGCACAUGAUGUCGUCGUUCACCCGUGAAAAACUGUCUUUGCACCUGCGGCGCAGAAUGGGGGUGUUUGUGAGCAGAGUGAGAGCCACAGAGCUCAUGGCCAAUCUCCCUUGCCUUACACCUUCUGACAAGGAGGAGAUCCAGGCCAAGAAGGACUUUUCUGGUAACUAUGCAGCCAUGCAGAUCCUGCUGGACUACGUACAGAAGCGAAUGAACUGGCCAGAAGAGUUGAUGUCAGCCCUGGAGCUGCUGGAGCAUCAGGACCUGGCUGAUGAACUGAGGGCAGAGUGGAACAAGCACAACCAGAACAAUCCGUACCCUCCUUCAGCUGCUGCUACCACCGCAGUCAGGACCCAUGUUCAUCCAAUUCCUUCUACCAGCUCUGAGGGGUCACCAUGUUCUCUGGUCCUCCCAGGUCAGCCAGCCCCACCUGAGGCUUCACUCCCUCCUGAAGUAGCCCCAGAGGUUUUGCCAUCUCCUGUAGUGGCUGCUCAUCCAGAAGCCCCCCCAAGCUCAGUUCCUGAGGCUCCCAUGGCUGGCUCCUCUUCAAAACAUGCUCCCAAAGCAGCAGUGAGCCCUGAAAUAGCCUCAGAGGCAGCACCUUCUCCUGUUGCGGCCCCUCAGGCAGAGCCCCAGGCAGCCCCUCCGUCUCCUGUCUCAGUGGAGGAGCCCACAGUGAUCUCUCAACCUCCAGUCUCAUCCCAGCCUGGUUCUGUUGAAACCGUCAGUCUGGAGGACAACUUGUGUCAUAGUGAUGCUCCAACACAGAGAGCCCUGUCUGAAACCACUCCUACCUUGUCUGGUUCACACCUAAUCCCAGUUGUAUCUGAAAUCACUCCCACGUUCCCUGUCUCACACCUAGCCCUGUCCCAAACUGAAUCCACCCCCACCCCUGCUGCCUUGGCCACGUUCCAGUCCCCUGAAAGACGGCCAGUUCAGGACACCUCGCCACACACAGUCAAAGUGCCUACCUUCCACCAGGAGGCUGUGGAGAACUCUGAUCCAACCCAGGUGACUGAAGAUGAGCAACACACUGAGCCGUCUCAGAGCCAGCACUUCUCCCCGGCCGCGGCCCCAGCGGAUACCUCCAUGAAUGAGGAUGAAGUGAACUUCAGCAAGCCUGAAGUCCUCCGCAGUGAGGUCAUGGACAGCCAGCCAUACUCGGGAGACUCAACGCGUCUACAGAGGUCUGUGUCAGACCUUGUACUUGCUACAGCUGAUGUGAACAGUCGUGUUGCCAUCCCCGACCCCGUCACUACUUCCACCCCUCUGCCUUGUCAGGAGAAUGGAGUUCCCGAGGAAAUAAUCGAACCCCUGUCCCAUAACGAGCCCCAAGAGGACACCUACGAGUCCUCCUGCCUGAGCUCCCUGGGGGACCAGGAGGUGCUGCUCAAUGUUGUUCACGUGUCUGAGGACGCGUCCAUCCUGAACAACGACGGCCAGACGCCGAGCAUGCUGGGUUUUGUAGUCCACGUGUCCGAGGAGCCACCUAUCUGGAAUCAAGAUGGCCAAACACAGAGCAUGCUGGGUAAUAAUGAUGUGGGUGUGUCUGGAACCCCCCUACCAGUUCAGAACCACAACAGCCAAUCUCAGAUCACACCUCUCUCUGGAUCUAAUGCCCUUGACCUGUCGUCUGGUCCAAACCAGCACGGCCAAUGUGAGAUCACACCUCUCUCUGAAUCUAAUGCCCUUGACCUGUCGUCUGGUCCAAACCAGCACGGCCAAUCUCAGAUCACACCUCUCUCUGGAUCUAAUGCCCUUGACCUUUCGUCUGGUCCAAACCAGCACGGCCAAUCUGAUGAUCGUUAAUGGCCAAGACGCCAGCCCCUCAACCAAACAUCCUGAUGCUCCUCCUCCAGCUCCUACUGGCCUCAUCGUCAACGGCUCUUCCUCGGCUGAGAACCGUCAUCCACCGGAGCCUAUGGGGGCAGAGGUCACGAUGGA